AUGAAAUAGAGAGAGAAAGAAGGUUCUAAUGAAAAUCUUCGGGUAGUAAUAAGAAUCCGUCCUCCAAUGGCAAGAGAGAUAAAGGAUGGAAAAUUCAUAUCAACUGUAAAGUUAUGAUUCAAAAUUUGAAAAGGUCCAAGCGGCUCCAGAUAAUCAGCAACUUUGCAUUUUCGAUUAUCAUGCAAUAGAAUUAGUACCUGAUGAAGAAUUGGAGGCUUUUGUAUAAAACCCAGCAAAUUACACGAUUCAUUAAUUUACAUUUGAUUAUGUAUAUGAUCAAGAGAGUACAUAAGUAGAAGUGUAUGAAACAACAGCUGCACUAUCAGUAGAUUCAACCCUUUAAGUAUGAAAUGAAUAAGUAUUCAAAAGGGAUAUAAUUCUACUAUUAUGGCUUAUGGAUAAACAGGAACAGGUAAAACAUAUACAAUGCAUGGAUUUUCAUUUACUCCGAAUUCAGAUUAGUUAGGUAUAAUACCAAGAUCAUUGCAUAAUAUUUUUACACAUAUAUAGAUGAAAUCUAAUUCAAUGACUACUUUUAUGGUAAGAGCAUCAUAUUUAUAAAUAUACAAUGAAUAAAUAAGUGAUUUAUUGAGACCUGAUCAUUAAUAAUUAAAUAUUAGAGAAGAUAAGAAGAGAGGUGUAUUUGUAGAGAAUUUAUCAGAAUGGGCAGUUCGUUCUCCUCCAGAAAUAUAUUAAUUAAUGAGAAGAGGAAAUGCAAAAAGAGUAACAGCAAGUACAAGAAUGAAUGAUACAUCAUCUCGUAGUCAUGCUGUUUUUAUUAUAACAGUUGAAUAGAUAGAGGAGACUCCAGAAGGAAAGAGAGCAAAAGUUGGAAAACUUAAUUUGGUUGAUUUAGCAGGAAGUGAAAGAGUAAGAGUAACUGGAGCUACAGGUAUACGUUUAGAAGAAUCUAAAAAGAUCAAUUAAUCUUUAUCUGCUUUAGGAAAUGUUAUAGCUGCUUUGACUGAAUUUAAAUAACCAAAAUCACAUAUUCCAUAUAGAGACUCUAAAAUUACAAGAUUAUUAGAAGAUUCUUUAGGAGGAAAUUGUAAAACUACAUUUAUGGCAAUGAUAUCACCAGCUAUUGAAGCAUUUAAUGAAUCUCUUUCUACUUUAAAGUUUGCUAAUAGAGCUAAAAAUAUUAGAAAUACUCCUAUGGUUAAUUAAGAUUAAGAUUAAGGAGCUUUACUAAGAAAAUAUUAAUUAGAAAUAUAAAAAUUAAAAUAAGAAUUAGAUGAAAGAAGUAAAAUGCCAAUUGAUUCAAUGGUUGCUGAAUUAGAAAAAGAAAGAUAAAAAGCAUUAGAGGAUAAAUAGGAAGUUAUGAGUGCAUAUGAAUAAAGAAAUAGAGAUCUUGUUUAAGAAAGAGAAAUGAGAAAAUAAUUAGAAGAAAAGAUUUCAUCAUUGAAUUCUUAAAUGUUAGUUGGAGGAUAGAAAAUUGAAGAAACUCCAUAAUUUUAAAACGCUCUUGAAUAAUAAUAAAAAAUUAUCCGAUAAUAAUAUUAAGAGAAAUUAUAAGAAUUAGAAAAAGAGAGAUAAAAUAUUGAAGAAGAUAAAGCUUAAACAGAUAAAUAUAAAUAAUUAUUAUUAAAAUAAAGAGAUAUUAUGAUUGCUUUAACUAAUAGAUUAAAUGAAAGAGAUGAUACUAUUUUAUAAUUAUAAGAAGAAUUAGAUGCUUAUGAGAAAUUAUAAAAAGAAUUAGAAGAUAUUAAUUAAACAAAAGAAUCAAGAAUAUAAUAAUUAGUUGAGAUUCUAAAUUAAAAAGAUGUUGAAAUUCCCACUUCUCUAGAUAUUCCUAUUAAUUCUAAAAAUAAUAUUAAUGCUAAACAAUAAUUGUUUUUAUCUGAAAUGCCAUCCUCUAAAAUGAUUUUAAUUGCUGAUCCCUCUUCAAAUAGUUAUAUUUAAACAUUACCUUAAUAAGGUUCUUAUCAUCAUUCUUCUGAAGCUGUUACUUAAUAUGAAUUAAAAAAUUAAAUUGAUAUAAACAAAAAAUUAGAACUUGAUUUAAAAAUUAGUAAAAUGGAAUAAGAAAGAUAGAAAAAAGAUUUAGUAUUACUUUAAGAAUAAAUUCAUAAGUAUGAAAAUGAUACAACUACUGAAUAAGCUAAAAGUAUUAAUAUAUGUAAUAUAUUUAGAAUCUGUUGAUUUAAUAUUAAAUUAACUCACUAAACCUGCUAAUGGAAAUUCACUUGCAACUGUAGCUUAAGAAUUAUAGAAGCUCUAAAUGAUACUAUCAAACAAAGAAGCUUCACCUAAAAAGGCAGUUAAGAUGUUUUAAUAAGAAACUUCCAAUCUAAAAUAACAAGAAUUUAUUAAUAAAUUGAUUAUUAAACCAAGCAAAUCCAAUAAUUAGCUUAAUCCUCCACUAGUAAAAAAACAUAAAUAAAAAUCUGGAGAGGAUUUAUGGAAUUGAUUUUUUAUAAAUAAUUUUUUAUCGU